GAAAAAAUGACAGGAUUGCUUCUCAUUUUCCUCUCCUUCCUGUAUAUUGUGGCAUCUUUCUCUCCUUCAGAGACAUCUGCAGCAGACCUGUUGCAGAAACCCGGCUCGCUAGAGAGACGACUGAAUGGAAAAGGGAAAAGCGGCAUAAAGCACAGCGCCAACUUUGCCCAUGGAAUACCGCAUGGCGGCUACGCUGGAGGCAGCACACAUGGAGGGGGCGAGGGCGGGGCUAACGGCGAUUCAGGAUCGUCAUCUCCAAAAGGCGGGGCAGCCGUGAUCCCCAUAUAUGCUGGCGCCGGUGCUAACAAUAACCACCACCGGAGCAUCCACCAUGGUUCCGGCGACUGCGUCCGGAGCCACGCGCGACUCCACACUCUCAUUGCAGCCAUACUGGCCCUCUGCUGUGUGUUCAUAUAGAAUGUUGUGUGCAUAGAAACAAAC